AUGGCGGCAGAGGGACAACAACGAGAUCCGCGCUCCGCCAUGCGCAGCUCCGCCAUGCGCAGAUCCGCCAUGCGCCAGCUCCGCCACGCGCAGCUCUUGAGCGUGCUGCCACCCUUGUCCUCUGCUCUUACCACCUGUGCUCUUGCCACCUGUGCUCUUGCCACCUGUGCUCUUGCCACCUGUGCUCUUGCCACCUGUGCUCUAGCCACCUGUGCUCUUGCCACCUGUGCUCUUACCAGGAGUGCUCUUGCAACCUGUGCUCUUACCAUAUGUGCUCUUACCACCUGUGCUCUUACCACCUGUGCUCUUACCACCUGUGCUCUUACCACCUGUGCUCUUACCACCUGUGCUCUUACCACUUGUGCUCUUACCACCAGUGCUCUUGCCACCUGUGCUCUUGCCACCUGUGCUCUUGCCACCUCUCUUACCACUUGUGCUCUUGCCACCUGUGCUCUUACCACCUGUGCUCUUACCACCUGUGCUCUUGCCACCUGUGCUCUUACCACCUGUGCUCUUACCACCUGUGCUCUUGCUACCUGUGCUCUUACCACCUGUGCUCUUACCACCUGUGCUCUUGCCACCUGUGCUCUUACCACCUGUGCUCUUACCACCUGUGCUCUUGCCACCUGUGCUCUUACCACCUGUGCUCUUACCACCUGUGCUCUUACCACUUGUGCUCUUACCACCAGUGCUCUUGCCACCUGUGCUCUUGCCACCUGUGCUCUUGCCACCUCUCUUACCACCUGUGCUCUUGCCACCUGUGCUCUUACCACCUGUGCUCUUACCACCUGUGCUCUUGCCACCUGUGCUCUUACCACCUGUGCUCUUACCACCUGUGCUCUUACCACCUGUGCUCUUACCACUUGUGCUCUUACCACCUGUGCUCUUACCACCUGUGCUCUUACCACCUGUGCCCUUACCACCUGUGCUCUAACCACCUGUGCUCUUACCACCUGUGCUCUUACCACCUGUGCUCUUACCACCUGUGCUCUUACCACCUGUGCUCUUACCACCUGUGCUCUUACCACCUGUGCUCUUACCACCUGUGCUCUUACCACCUGUGCUCUUACCACCUGUGCUCUUACCACUUGUGCUCUUACCACCUGUGCUCUAACCACCUGUGCUCUUACCACCUGUGCUCUUACCACGUGUGCUCUUACCACGUGUGCUCUUACCACCUGUGCUCUUACCACCUGUGCUCUUACCACCUGUGCUCUAACCACCUAUGCUCUUAGCACCUGUGCUCUUACCACUUGUGCUCUUACCACCUGUGCUCUUACCACCUGUGCUUUUGCCACCUGUGCUCUUACCACCUGUGCUCUUACCACUUGUGCUCUUACCACCUGUGCUCUUACCACCUGUGCUCUUACCACCUGUGCUCUUGCCACCUGUGCUCUUGCCACCUGUGCUCUUACCACCUGUGCUCUUACCACCUGUGCUCUUACCACCUGUGCUCUUACCACCUGUGCUCUUGCCACCUGUGCUCUUGCCACCUGUGCUCUUACCACCUGUGCUCUUACCACCUGUGCUCUUACCACCUGUGCUCUUACCACCUGUGCUCUUGCCACCUGUGCUCUUGCCACCUGUGCUCUUACCACCUGUGCUCUUACCACCUGUGCUCUUACCACCUGUGCUCUUACCACCUAUGCUCUUACCACCUGUGUUCUUACCACCUGUGCUCUUGCCACCUGUGUCCUCUAA